AUGGUAGUGAAGUUCCAGAACGUGCAAAAUGAAAACUUAGAUGAUAUGCUAGGGGACUUCAGGAAUGGUGAAGAUGAGACGAUAUAUGAAGGUGAGAACAUGGAUAUUGAUAAUAUUAGUGGAAGUUGCCUAGGUUACUCGGAUACAAAUGUCUCCAGCGUUGGAACAUCCAAUAUAUCGCUCACCACCUUGUCGAAAGGAUUACGAAACUUGGCUAGAAAGACAUCAGAUAUCGUUUUGUUGAAUAAUAAUAACGAUGAUCAAUCGUAUGUGGGUCCCUUGACUACUCCUAGGGCGAUCAGCAUAGCUUUCCAAUACGAACCAAGCAAUUUGUUGAUCUCAAACGAAUUGAGCAUUGAAUGUGAGAAGUUUCGCAAUGGUAUUCCAAUGAUGAAGAUAACUCGUAACAAAAGUAAAAUGAGGACUCUGAGAUUAAAUGGACUAGAAUCGAUUACUUGGAAAGAUGGUAAGAAGAAAAUGGACAUAGAUACGAUCAAAGAUAUUCGAAUUGGUAACUUGGCAAGAAACUAUAGAGAAGAGUAUGAAAUAUCAAAUGAAUUUGCAAAAUUUUGGAUUACCGUGAUAUAUGAAGUUUCAAACAAACUGAAAGCUCUUCAUGUUAUAGCAAAUAACUCAGAAGAUUUCAAUACAGUUUAUGCGUGUAUUCGUGGACUAGUGAAACAUAGGUCCGAAUUCAUGGAAAGUAUGGCGCUUCCUGGUAACGAGAAGUUUGCUAAAGUUCAUUGGCACUCAACCGUAUCAUUCAAAAGAGAAGAUGAGGAAGUGGAUGUACUAUCUUUUGAAGAUGUGGAAAAACUAUGUCUAAAGUUUCAUAUUUAUUUUCCUUCCAGUCAUUUAUUGAAAGUCUUUAAAGCUGCUGAUUUAAAUAAUAAUGGUCUAUUAAAUUUCCAAGAAUUUCAAAUAUUCGUUAAAUUAUUAAAGAAAAGAGAAGAAAUUGAUAAACUAUGGAAAUCUAUUACAAAGGAUGAUGGACAGUACCUUGAUCUUCGGCGAUUUAAACAUUUUCUAUUAAAUAUUCAAAAAGAAAAUUUUACUGAGGAAUAUAUCAACUUACUAUAUUCUAAGUUGUGUAAUCCUACAGUUACUAAAAUUACAAAAGCAAAUUUCCUUAAAUAUCUGUCAACUGCGCCAUAUUUAAAGGAAAUUGAGGAAGAUUACUCGAAGCCAAUAAAUCAUUACUUUAUUGCUUCUUCGCAUAAUACAUAUCUGUUAGGUAAGCAAUAUGGUGAAACACCAUCGGUGGAAGGAUACAUACAAGCACUGCAGCAUGGAUGUAGGUGUGUAGAAAUUGAUAUUUGGGAUGACGAGUCUGGACCUGUUGUCUGUCAUGGGUUUUUAACAUCUGCUAUUCCAUUGAUUAACGUUGUAAACGUAAUCAGAAAAUAUGCGUUCAUUACCUCCCCAUAUCCGCUAAUAAUUUCACUUGAGGUUAAUUGUAACAAUCAAAAUCAAAUAAAAGUUGCUUCUAUCUUCAAUGAAAUUUUAGGUGAUAGUUUAGUUUAUGAAAAUGAAUUUGAACUUGGUUUACUUUCGCCAGAAAAACUGAAACAUAAAAUCAUUGUAAAAGUUAAAAAAACUAAAAAUAUACAAGAUAUCAAAGAUGCUUCUACGAUUGAGGCAUCUAAUUCGCAUGCAGGAUCAUUUUACGAUACAGAUGAAUCUCUUUAUGAAGUCGAACGCGAUACUAGUUCAAUGCAAUCUUCAGAAAGUAUGGUGUCACAGUCGAGCUCAUCUAGUAUAAAGACAAGAAUCAAGAGACUGAAAAUGAUUCGAGAGACCGAAAUUCAUAAAGAGCUGCUUGGUAUUUGUGGAAUACAUGGCUUAAAAUUUAGAAAUUUAUCUCUUCCAGAAUCUAAAUCAUUAACUCACUGCUUCUCUUUUAACGAAAAGAAGUAUUUAAACCUAUGCACAGAUGAAUCUCUUAAAUUAUCUUUUAAUAAGCAUAAUAGGAAAUAUUUAACUCGGGUGUAUCCACAUGCCUUUAGAUACAAAUCGUCGAAUUUUAACCCUGUAUUUUUCUGGGAGUCUGGUGUUCAAAUGGUAGCUACUAAUUGGCAAACCAAUGACUAUGGGCAACAAUUGAAUAAAGCUUUCUUUCAACUUUCAGAUGAAAAAAACUCGCAAUUGCAUUCAGGAUAUAAGUUAAAACCACCCCAUUUGAUAUCUAUAGUCUCUAAGACAAUGGAGAUAUCACAUAUCCCUAAUGAUUAUAAACCAAAACCUUUGCACAUUAAGUUAGAUAUAGUAUCAGCACAACUUCUUCAUAAACCAAAGGAACUGUAUUCAAAAGAUGUUGUUCUAUCGCCAUACGUGGUUGUUGAAUUUAUUUGCGAAGAGAAUUGCAUUGAUUCAUUAACCUCUAGAAAUGCUACAAUUUUGGCCAAAAAUAAAGCUCAGACAAACUCCUGUAAAGGUAAUGGAUUUAACCCAAUUUGGGAGUCUCGUUUAAAUGCAUUACUGCACAACAGUUAUUUCGCAUUUAUUAAAUUCACAGUGAAAACAAGUUCAGUAGUACUUGCUGAGUGUUGUUUAAAACUUGACACAGUGAAACAAGGAUACAGGCAUAUCCCAUUAUAUAAUACUAAAGGUGAAAAAUUUAUCUUCUCAACAUUAUUUAUUCGUUUAUAUACAACCUAA